CUAUUUUUCUGCUUAAUUUUUCUUUGCGUCAAAUAUUUUCCACUCUACUUCCUUCCAAUUCAGUCAUAAGCUCUCUCUCACGCCAUUAACUAGGGUUUGAUUUUCAAAAAUUUCCACUAGUUUUCGCAUGUAGACAUCACAUAGCCGUGUAACAAUCGAGAUCUGUUUUUGACGCAAUUCUUCCUCUCUAGGUUGCGUUAAUGCUGAAUCUCUUUAAAUCAAUUGUGUUUAUGAAUUGAUGUUCAUAGAGACUAAACUCGGUUGAUUUUCUGGUGAAAUUUCUGAUCAAGGAGUUUGAGGAGAUCUGUUACAAUUUGAAGAAAUGCCUCCUCCAAAUAAUCAUGGAUCCCAUAUCCCUUUUGCAUCUUUUCGUCGCUCUAUAUUGACUGUAAGAAGUGAUCAGGUUCAUUCAGAAAUGAGCCAUGGUUCGAAUAUCGAGUACCUGGAGUUGUUCCAACGACAAGGGUUCGCCCGUUUCCAUGAUCUCUCAGUGGUUAGCGCGGACGAGCUCCUCUCCGUUUCUUGGAUACACAAACUGUUGGACGCGUUCACUAUGUGCCAGGAGGACUUCAGCACCUUACUAUCCGAUAACAAAGCAUUGCUCUCGAAGCCACCAGCAGACAGGCUUGCCACUGAGUAUUUCGAGAGAACCAUCAAGGCAAUGGAUAUCUUCAAUGCAACCCGCGAUGGUGUUGAGACUGUUCGUGUCUGGCAGAAGCAUUUGGAGAUUGUGGUGUGUGCUCUUGACGCGAAGCAGAGAAUGGUUGGUGAGAGCCAGUUUCGUCGUGCAAGAAAAGCCUUGAUGGAUUUGGCAUUACUGAUGUUGGACGACAAAGAUACCGGCUCUGUAUUUUCACACAGGAACCGCUCUUUUGGGCGUAAGGGCAAGGAGCACCACCGCAGGAGCUCAUCAGGGCACUCACGGUCACUUUCUUGGAGCGUAUCACAUUCUUGGUCCGCCUCUAAGCAGCUCCAGUCCAUUGCCAACAACUUGGUUCCUCCAAAAACGAACGAAAUAGCAGCAACUAAUGGCUUGGCGAUGCUCAUCUUUGCAAUGAGCUUUAUUCUGAUGUUUGUGUUAUGGAUUCUCGUUGCUGCAAUCCCUUGUCAGGACCGAGGCGUGCAGAUCCACUUUACAAUCCCUCGUCAGCUCUCGUGGACCACGCCUCUGUUCUUGCUCCACAGCCGAAUCAUGGAUGAGUCCAAGAAGAGAGAGCGACGCAACACCUGUGGAUUGUUGAAGGAGAUAUAUCAAAUCGAGAAGAGCGUGCAUCAGCUGACAGACUUGGUGGAUGCCGCUCAGUUCCCACUGUCGGACGAGCUGAAGGAAGAAGUUAAAGAGAACGUCAACGAGCUGUCUUUAGCAUGUGAGGCUUGUAAGACGGGGCUUGAGCCACUGCAGCUCAAGUUACGUGAGACGUUCAGGAAAGUCAUGGCUUGCCGCACAGAGGGCCUCGACUUCCUUGGCAAGGCUACAGAGCCCUAAUGAAGGAGCUGUUGGAAAGAAAGAGCAAUUGCAAAUACUCUUGUCAUGCUAUAGUUUUUACCAUGAAAAAGAACCUGUUACUUAUUGUUGCCCACAGUAAUAAAAAUUAAUCAGGUUUGUGCUUA